AGGACACAAACACUGGCUUGCUUAUUCUUCCGAGCACAAAGCGACUGCCGUUUACACUUCGAUUUGCACCUUGCGUAAUUGUGUUUGGGCUGGCCUUGGAAAACACAGAGGGAGUUGAGAAGCGAUGAGCUCCACCGCAAUUCGAGCUCCUUCCUUUACGCUCUUCAGCUCUCUAUCCAAAACCCCAAACCUCGGAAACGGGAAAAGUCCAUCGCUUGGACCUGCGAGAUGCGUCUUAGUGACUAUGAGCAGCAGAGGCAAGAACCGGAAGCCGUUGCAGAAGGGGAGGAACCCCAGCAUCGAAGCAAUUCAAACGGUGCAGGCCUUGAAGCGAGCCCAGAAAGAUCAGCAUACGUUGGACCGAGUGUUUCAUUCCAAUUUCAAGCGCCUACUCAAGCUCGACAUGAUGGCCGUUCUUCGCGAACUUCUCCGCCAGAACCAAUGCCUCUUGGCCCUCAAGGUUUUCGAAGAUAUUCGGAGGGAAUUCUGGUAUAAGCCUCAAGUCUCAGUUUAUGCUGAUAUGGUUACCGUAUUGGCUAGCAAUGGAUUGGUUGAACAUGUUGAACUACUCAUUCAAUCAUAUUUGAAAAUAGAAGCUGGCGACUUAGGGCCCGAGAUCGAGGGCUUUAAUACUCUCUUCAAAGCCUUGUUAAGUAGUAAUAACACCAAGCUUGCAAUGGAGUGCUACUGCCUGAUGAAACAAGUUGGAUGUGAACCAGAUAAGUCAUCCUUUAAGAUACUCAUAACUGGCUUAGAGUCAAAGGGAGAAACAGGUCCUUCGGUUAUAAUAAGGCAGGAUGCUCAAAUGUACUUCGGCGAAUCUCUGGAGUUUCUGGACGAUGAGGAAGAGAUGAUGACACAACAAGUACUGAGUGAAUCACUUCCAAAGACAACCUAAGUCGUAAAGCGAGGAUUGCUUGUCUAAGCCAGGAUAAGUAUAAACACGGUUACUUUCUAAUAAUUGCACAUUCAUCUACAAUGAUGAUUUCUGUCAAGACAUUAUAAAGAGACAAAAAUGGGGGACCCUGUUUUCCCAAAAUUUUCAACUUUGUUUUACAACUGUCUACCCAAUUCUUGACCAUGAACUCAACCUGGUGGGAUAGCUGGGAAUUUAGAGGGAAAACAGAAUAGAGAUGCAUGUGACCAGCUGCAAACAUGUGCUUACAUCCUCAAUACUUAUGAACUCAUGAUUAAGACUUCAAAAGUUUCAGGUUGCAAGCCACAUUCCAGAAAUGAAGCAAUGAAAUCUUUCAACUUCCAAAUUUGAGUUCAGAAGCUUCUAUUACUAGAAUUGUUUCCCUUCAAAUGUCUGACCGAACUGCCAGUUUGGUGGAGCAACAUUAUAAGAUGCUAGUGUUCUUCCGCUACUGGCAGUCACCUCAAAA